AAGAGGAAGAGGGGAGGGCUAGGAGAGGGUGCACAUCAAUUUUUUGUCUUGCUAUCUUGUUCUUUUUAAAAGUUGGAGCAGGUGCUUCUAAGAUUUAUGAUCUGAUUUUUUAUAUAAUUCUCAUUUUUUGCCGGAGUUUAUUUUAUAAAUGUGUUUGAAGAUGCAAUGAGAGAGGCCAAGAUGGAGCCUAAGGACACGGAGGUUGAUUCAAUACCUUCCUGGUCUCCUAAACCUAGAGAAAGACUCCUUACCUGUGCCAACCUUCCAGAUAUUGCAGGGAAGAAAAGAAAACAAGACCCAGAUGAUGCUGAAAUUUCAUCCCGAAUCUUGGAGGACUGUGAAGAUGACGACUUUCCCAUCGAUGACCUCAUACAGGAUUCUGAGGGUCCCUGUAACAAACGAGUCAAACCUGUUGACAAAAGUUCUUCCGUUACUGGUAUCAUAACACCAGUAAAGACCCCUGCUCUGAAGCGCUUGGGUCAGUCAAUACAGCGUUCCAUCAGUUUCCGAACAGAGGCUCGACCUUUGCCCCCAAUGCCAAUAAGAACACGCCAGAAGGCCUCGUCGUUUCCGCGGCGGCGGAGCAGCCAGCUGUGGAGCGAUACAGUGGGCAGUCAGAGUCAGGUGCUCACCACCAAAGAGAUCAAGAGACAGGAGAUCAUAUAUGAGUUGACCCAGGGAGAGAAACAGCUCAUUGAAGAUCUGAGUCUAGUGAAAAAGGUAUACUAUGAGCCUAUGUUAAAAUUAGACAUUUUGACAGAAAGUGAACUUGGACAGAUUUUUGGAACCCUUGAUUCUUUAAUACCUCUACAUGAAGAUCUUUUAGCCCGUCUUGAAAGUCUUCGUGGAGCGGAGAAGACUGUGCAGGAGGUCGGCCCGACAAUGAUGGAUUGGUUUCCUUGUUUGGAGGCGUAUAUCACAUAUUGCUGUAAUCAGGUUGGGGCAAAAGCUCUGCUGGAUCAGAAAAAGCAGGACCGUCGUGUAGAGCAUUUCUUACGGCUGUGUCAGGAGUCGUCAUUUAGCAGAAAACUGGAUCUUUGGAACUUUCUGGACUUGCCUCGUAGCAGGCUGGUAAAAUAUCCUCUGCUGUUAAAGGAAAUUCAGAAGACCACUCCACCUGAUCAUCCGGAUGAAGAAGUUUUGCCACUGGCUAUGGAUCUUAUCCAAAGGAUCAUUACAGAAGUGAAUCUUAAGACUGGAGAGGCGGAGUGUCAGUUUUACCGACGUGGGCUGUGUUACUCAGAAGACAGUCAGAGGGUUCCGGAAAUUCAGGCCUCUCGUUUUCUAUACUGUCAUGGUGAACUGAAGAGCACUAAAGGACAUAAGCUGCAUGUGUUCCUCUUUGAGCUGGUGUUGGUUUUGACUCGACUGGUGGCACAGGACAGGGAAGGACCGGUCCAGUUUCAGGUGUAUCGUCAGCCCCUCCCCGCCGUUCACCUCCAUCUGGAGGACCUACCCGAUGGAGAACCCAGCAGUUCUGGAUCCUUUCGUGGAGCCUUUACUGGAAAUGAUAAGGUGAAGAAUUGUUUCCGUGUAAGCACCACAGGACGCUCCAAGUCUCAGUCUCACAGCCUGCAGGCCAACGAUUCCUUCAAUAAGCAGCAAUGGAUUUCCUGUCUGCGCCAAGCAAUGGUCCAAUCACGAGACAGACAGGCUCAAGCCAGCCAAUACAACCCCUCUGACCGUUUGAGCCCCGAUCCUGCAUUCUAUAACAACAUUGCUGAAAUGAACUUAAACUCUGAUGUGGAGAUGCAAGACACAUAGGCCGAGGCUUAAAAUGGUCUCUUUGUUCAUUGUGUCAGUGAACACAUUUUGUUGUGACAGUGACAACAAACUUCCUCAGGACAAAAGACAUCACCACAGCCGAUGUCUUAACCUUAUUUAGAGAAUGUGUAGCAAUAUGUAUUCAUGUUUCACAUAUGUAAAUGUUUGCUGGUGCCUGAUGUCACAUUGAGGACAUAUUGUGUAUUAGAUUUGUGCUUCUAGCUUUUGUAUAAUUUCGGUUGUGAAUGAUAUGAGAAUGAAUAUAUGAAUUGUUAGACAUAAUAACCAGCUCUCAAUUUCUUAUUUAUUUAAAUUGAGCCUCCUUUUCCAUCUGAUCUGGUUAAUAAACAGUUCAUUCAGUCUGAA